GUACAACAUUUGUUAGAAGGAAUUAAUCUUUGAAAAUAAUAUUUUGCAAGUAAAGAUCAGUACAAAAAGUAUAUAUAGUAAUUAAAACAAAAAUCUAACUUUUACUUACACUAAUUUUACAGGAAGUCAUAUACACCAGGCACAGUCAUGCAUCAUCAAGCUCAUCAUGUAGUACAUUGCACCUUGUCACCCCACCUCAGUUUUGCAUGUGGCUGCAGUUCAGACUGCAGAACGCAAAUGGUCUGCGCAGAUAGUACACUCCAAUUAUUCAGCUCUGAUCAAGGAACUUUACUGUGAGGCUAUUUUCCAACCGUCGGAGUAUGAGAGUCAGCAAUUACACAUAUACAGUAAACUUGCUUUAUCGUGCAUGUGUAACAUAGAACAAAGUUGCUCAUAGUUGGCGAAAGUGGAUUACAUGAACUAUGCAUCGCGAGUGGAGGAUGAUAAGUGUGUCUGCUGAGCUCUGUUUGCUGGCAUGUUUAAUUCUGAUUGCGGACUUGACUUUGGGUUUAGGGCCAAAGAAAGACAUGGAGUUUACAUUUCUAUUAUCUGCUGGCAGCACAGAGUGUUUUUACCAAACUACAGCAAAGAACGACAGCAUGGAAGUUGAAUACCAGGUGAUAGCUGGGUCAGGUCUGGAUGUUGGCUUUGCCCUCAUUUCACCCAGCGGACACCGGCUGGUCUCUGACUUCAGGAGAUCUGAUGGCAUUCACAUGGUGGACCUCACAGAGGUUGGCGACUACCGGUUAUGUUUCGACAACAGCUUUAGUAAACUCUCAGAGAAGAUGGUGUUCUUUGAGGUGAUUAUUAAUGGUCAGAGCAGUGCAGGCGGAGGCCAAAAUGAGUGGGCGGACGUGGCCACGACAGAGAGCAUGUUGGAGUAUAAACUGGAGGACAUUAGGACGAGGAUGGACUCUGUGUACCAGCGCCUGGAGAGGAGCCGUCAGGUCCUCACUGUGCUGCGGGCCUUAGAGGCGAGGGACCGCUACCUUCUGGAGGACAACCUGUGGCAGGUGUCCUUCUGGUCCUGCCUCAACCUGCUUGUCAUGCUCACCGUCGCUGUCACUCAAAUCUACACCCUGCAACGCCUCUUUGAUGACACCAAGCGGGUCUGCACAUAGUCACAACAAAAACUACCUCCAGCCAAGAGAGUGCAGCACCUGCACAACUUGAACAUUUGACCCAAAACCUUUUACAGUCUAUACCCUAACUGACAUGUGCACUGGGAACCUAAUUUAAAGGGAUAGUUCACACUUUUGGAAAACUGAUUCAUCAUUGAUGUUUUUAAUUCCAGUCACAUGGUAAUUAUAUAUACAGUACUGCCAUAUGCACACACAGAAGCACAUACUGUGCAUACAUUAAACAUACAUAAAUACACACACAAAUACUUGCAGCCAGUGGCACCCACAGAAUUUUUUCAAAGGGGUGGCCAGAUGGGGUCCACUGAAAAAACUGGGGUGGCACACCAAAGCCAAAAGCCUGAAUUUCAGGAAUUCUAUUAUGCUGAUAAGGCUGGUUGAAAAUGAUGUCUAUAUAUGAGUUAAGGAAUUGCAUACUGAUAUACUUUGAUUUCGUAUUUUACAGUUGUUACUAAUUAUCUGAUGUGCAGACUAAUACCGAUACAAUUACAAUUUUGAGUUCCACAACGUUAAUUUACUGCGUCAUGUAUCCAAAUGUCAGGCAAUGUAUCGUUCUUCAACUAGGCUAGGCUUGUCCAUUUCCUUAAAAAAUGCAUAAGCAGUUCCCACUACUUGCAGCACUGAUAUCAGUUAAUGCCACUGGGGAAGCUAGAAAACCACAGCUGUUCUGACUGGAAUCUUGUUUUAUUGAUUUUCAGACUACAUUCUGCAGGACAUUUUUCUAGACUGUAUUUUAUCAAAACAAAACAAACAAAAUAUCAGAAAACUCACCUACUAAGUGUAUUUUUUUUAUUUAACUAAGCCUCUGGCUGUUUAGAAAGAUCACAUCUAAAAUAUUUAUUGUGAUUAAAAAACAAGUAUUUACACAGUCUGAUCCUGAUCAUUUUCUACAUCUGGAGGUUUAAUACGCAGAAAUCAGUAGUCAUGCAGAUGUCAAAUUAGUUUUGACCGAAACAUUAAUUUCCUUGCCAUUAUUUGGGUGCAUUGCAGUCAUUUGGUUCAUACAAUUGCACUAAGGGGUAAAACAUACUGUACAUAAGGCUGUACUUAUUGUGCAUUUCAAUCACUACCAUUAUAUUUUCUCACAUUGUUGAAACUUUGUGGGACUGCACAGCAUCAUCAUUAACAUUUUUAUGUCAUAAAACAUAUUCAAUGGUCAUGCUCCACCACUAAAAGGUAUUUUCCGUUGUCAUCACAUAAGAGAGACAUGACAAUAAAAACAGUGCCAAGUCUU